AUGGCCGAGGUGUUUGGGAUCGUUUCGGGGGUUUUGGGGCUUCUCCCACUCUGUCGAGAUGGGCUGGGCAUGAUCAAGGAUGUGUUUGAUGCAACAAACGUACUCCAACUUGCAGUUGGUAGAGUGGAACUCCAACGAGAUCGAUUCGAUGAAUGGCGGGAAAUAUGGCGCAACGAAGAUGGCGAGGUAGAUAUCAAGUUCGAAUCAUAUGCCAAAAGUAAUCCCGCGUCUGCAAAGCGAAUCUUACGACAAUUGGCGUUGCUCUCGCAAGCACUCUUCGAUGCAAGAGCUUUAGAAGAGCAGUUCGGCUUUAAGCCUGACAGAUCUAACCGAGAUUCCAAAGACCUUUCGCAGUUCCGCUUACGAAGUGGCCAAGAGCUCACAAUCGAGACGCAAGGCCCAUUUCUGGAGCGAUGUCGCAUCAACCUGUCCUUCAUGAAGCGUUGUCGAUUUGUGUUCAGGAAAAAGGAUAGCGCAUGGAACGACUUGAUUGAUUUAUUGAAAGAGUAUAAUGAAAACCUGUCUACCUACGGUCCGAAACCAGACUUAGAAAAAAUGUUAAAGGGGGAAUUUAAAUUGAUACGACAACUUCAGCUGAAGGAGUUGAAGCGGUUAGCGGAGGCUGCUGCAUUCGAGGCGAAACAUUCACCGAAGGGUAACGAACACAUAGGGAGAUACCACGAUCUAUCUUUGGCGGCACAAUUCAGUGCUGUUGUCAAGUUCGAACGGCCACAUGCGGCAAUCAAAUUUGGAAUGCGAGACUUCCGCUUCGAUCAGUCUUAUAUCAUAUCUUCCACACCAUCCUCCACGAUGGCUCUUUUGUUCGAUUAUCCAGUCAAAAAGGAGCAUCGAGUUGUGCUCAUUGAGUGGAUUAAUAACAACGAUCGCGAUCAAGAACGAGAUACUCGCAUAAAGACUCUGAUGCUAGCAACACCGAAGCCAGGAAAGCUGCUACUUCCGACGUGUUAUGGAAUGGUGGAAGAUCCAUACACUAGGAAAUAUGGUCUGGUGCUGGCACCUCCAACUCACAUCCGCUCAAAUCUCCCUCAAAUACUUCCAGCAGGUGCUAUAUCACAAAAACGGAUGCCCGUAUCGUUGAGAGAACUCCUAGAAGGAAAGCACCCCUCAUGUCUACACAAGUUAGACCUCGGUAUACGAUUUGCCCUCGCAAAAAGACUUGUUGACGCCGUACACUUGAUGCAUUGUGUGGGUUGGGUCCACAAAAACAUCCGCGCAAACUCCAUCCUAUUCUUCCCAGCAAAGAACAAACCGUCCAGUGGUCCUCCUGGUCCUGCAUCAGGCUUUCCUCAACCUAUCGGCUACGACGAACCGCUUUUGGUCGGUCUCGGCAAUGCUCGCGUCGACGAUCUAGUCAACGAUCCAGGGUUUGCAUACGACUCAAAGGACCAGAGAGCAGCUCUCACGCGACGCCCGAAUGAUCUCAAUCUCGAUUACUAUCAACAUCCUGACAAGCGGUGGAAUCCUAUGAUAAGGUAUUCGAGGGCGCAUGAUGUGUAUAGUCUGGGUGUGCUGCUGCUGGAGAUUGGGUUGUGGAAAAGUUUGGAUAGUAUUGUGGAGGUUGCGGAUGAUGAUUUUGAGAGGACGAAGAAGGAUUUUCAGAGUUUGACUAUGAAACUGAAUGGGUUGACGGGUUCGAUCUAUGGUGAGGUGGUCAGGAAGUGUCUCGCGAUUAAUGUGAGAGAGCGGACAGAGAAGGAAGCCAAUGAUCUCUCAAAGUUCUUGACUGAGAUUGCGACUACUCUUGAUAAGUGUUAUGCAUGA